CAAUGAUUUAUGAAUGACAAGCAUUUAUAAAAGAUGCCUUCCUUUUGGUUGAGUAUAAAGAGCAAAUUUGGUCGUACAAAUCUAUGAAAGUGCUGAGAUUUCAUUCUUAUUGUCCAGCCCAUGUUGUCUACCCUUCAGUUGUCAGUUUAUUUUAAAAAAAAACAACCAAGCAGUGUCACUAUGCCACUUUCAAAAUUCAGCUGUCAUUUUAAAUCUUAUCCUUAAUAAAAACUUGUAUUAAUGUCUUCAAAAAGUGUUUGUUAUGUUAAUCAUGUUAUAGAGAUUUUUGUUUUGUUAAGUUUUCCAGUAAAGUUUAAGUGUAAAAUAAGAACUUUGAUUUGUUAACUGGCAUGUAAGAGGAGAGUGAAAUGAUUUCUUGAAUGUUAUUUGCUUGAACUAUAAUUGUGUUUUCUUCAUUUGUGUCACGUACUAUACAGAGAUGGAUUAGAUGACCUAUCAAUUACUAAUUGUACUAUAUACUAAUUUAGUUUCAAGCUUCAGAAGGAUUGGUGCAAAGCUGGUCCAAUCUAUUUAACUCGGCCUACUAGUAACUUUAAUUUGUAGAAACAUUUUUCUAACCUAUUUUGAAGAUGAAUAAACAUGCGCAGUAUUGUAAGUUUUUCAAGCUAUUAAUCUUCUUGGCGGUCUGGAAAAAUGCAAAUCAUCUGGUUGAAAUACACAUAAAUGGGAACAACUCUUUAUAUUGAUGAAUUUAGGGAGUAUAUAUAUCAGCACACGCUCAAAUGUUGCACGCAGACUGUAGUACUGUAAAUAUAAUACAUCACCAAGGGGAAUUUAGAUAUUUGAUCACGGAAUAGUUUCAGCUGCCAGUCCAGAAGGUUGUAAGCAGUGUGACCUAUCUUUAUUGCUUUACGUCGGAGACAUCCAGUGAAUUACAACAUGGCAAAGUACUCGGGGAAGACGUGUCGUCUGCUGACCAUGCUGUCCAUGACUGCCUCAUUCUUCCUUGUGGAGAUCAUCGUCGGCUACAUCACCAACUCCAUUGCUCUGGUGGCCGACUCCUUCCACAUGCUAUCUGAUGUUGUGGCACUCAUCGUAGGAUUUGCCUCCGUUAGAAUUUCAAAAUGGCAGACAGAAAAGAAUACAUUUGGCUGGAUCCGGGCGGAGGUACUCGGAGCUUUGGUGAAUGCCGUCUUUCUAGUGGCGCUCUGCUUCUCUAUCCUGGUGGAAGCUCUGAAGCGAUUGGUGGAAUUUGAAGAAGUGAACAACCCCAAGCUGCUGUUGAUUGUUGGGGGUGCUGGACUGCUGGUCAAUGUCAUUGGGCUGUUCCUGUUCCAUGAACAUGGUCACAGCCAUGGGGGGUCAGGAGGUCACGGUCACGGCCACAGUCAUGGAGGUGACCCAGAAAACGUUGAUCAUCACGAGGGUGAAGAGAGCAACGCCUUGAUGGACAGGUCAGCAGGGAGCAACACAGCAACUGAAGUAGCCAUCCGGAACGGGACAGUCAAACUGGAUUUAGAUAACCCCAAAGUCGAGAUAGAGGAGAGCAGGAAAAAGCCGACUUCUAGCUCCCAGCUGAACAUGAGGGGUGUGUUCCUGCACGUUUUGGGGGAUGCCUUGGGGUCUGUGGUCGUCAUCAUCAGUGCCCUGAUCAUCUGGCUGUGUGAGGGAGAGUGGAGGUUCUAUGUUGACCCAGCCAUGAGCAUUAUAAUGGUGAUAAUAAUUCUAGGAACCACAUUCCCUCUCUUAAAAGAGUCCGGUUUCAUUUUGUUGCAGACAGUUCCAUCUCAUAUAAAGCUUGAGGACAUUCAAAGAAAAAUAGAAGAGGUUGAAGGUGUUCUUGCUGUUCACGAGUUCCAUGUAUGGCAGCUAGCCGGCAGUAGGAUCAUCGCAUCAGCUCACAUCACAUGUAAAAAUCUACAUGAUUAUUUUACAAUAUCAGAGACAGUGAAGGAGAUCUUUCAUAAUGAAGGAAUCCACUCAACCUCAAUUCAACCAGAGUUUGUACAGGAUCCUCUAGAGGAAGGGGAAGAGAACAAGACAAACUGUAUCCUGGAGUGUGGACCAGACAAGGUGUGUUACACUGACACCUGCUGUGGUCAAAAAAGAACGGACUCCAAAAAAAUGAAAAACGGGGAUAGCCCCCUAAGGGAGGGAAGCACCAAGGGGCUGGAGCGUUCCAAAUCAGACCCCAAAACAACAGCGCUGGAGGAGGUGUAACACGCUGGAGGGGCAGGGGAUUUAGGAACAUAGCCGAUCAGGGAUAAUUAUUCUAUACACUCUCACAGAUGUGAUAGGAUGCUUGUCUGUAUAGUUCUACAGUUGUCUGUGAUUGCAAUGUGAUAGACACAACAAAACACAGGGUGCAAUAAGAGAGGACAAUGGUGGGACCAGGAAACAGGGUUUACAUAUUUGUCUUGCCAGUUUGCUUAUUAAUCAAUGUAAUGCACACUGCAGUGUGAUAUAUUGAAAAGGACGGUGAAUGGCAUACAUGUAUAUGGCUAUUUCACUGUCAAGUGAUUGUGUUUAAGUUGUGUUCUUAUUAUUUUCAGAUUAUUUAUGAAACCCCAAAAAAUAUAUUUAUUAAACAUGUUUAAUGUAGAAUGUGUUUCAGUAUGUAACAUACACACAAGUAAAAUUUUAAAUGUCAUAUUUUGACGGGUCAUUGACAGAAUACUACAAAUCAGGAAAAGUUACUUACUGUGUGAUAAUGGUGAAAAAGUUUGGCAACUUAUCAUGGACUCAAUGAACCAGUAGAAACUAUUAGUGCAUGUUUUAUGAAACCAAGUGAAAUCCAUGUUUUAAUGCUUUAAAUAUUACUUGUAUAAAUGAACAGCUGUUUGAUGAUAAGGUUGUGUGAGCUAUUCUACAUUGCUUCAUAUAUUAACUGGGUUUGUUUUCUUCUGUUUGUUUAUAUUUAUUUUGCUAAUUUUUUUGGUUGGGAAAAUAUUGCAUUUACUGUUGGUGAACAAAAUUUUUAAAUCAUAGAUCAUGAACAAACAUGAUGGUAAGAUGCAAGGUACUCGGAAUCCAGGUGUUCCCUCUCACCUGUCAGGUGUCGCAUGUUACCGUGGUUUCUUCAGUAUUCAUUAAACACUCUUUUUUGGGAUUUCGUUGUCAGACCAUUCCACAAAAAACAUUUAUCAAGAAAAAAAACUUGAUAUCAAAUGUUAUUGAAAUUAUCAUUGUCCAACUUUCAAAACUGUGAUUUUUAGUUAAAUUCACAGAUACUAUUAUUAGUAAAAUUAUUUUACUAUAUCAUAAAAUUUGAUGCUGUGAAAUGUUAAUGAAAACACAGUAAUUCAGGUAAAAAAUUCAAACGUAUUUAUGUACAGGCAUUUAUUUUAAACCUGUAUGAUGCCAGUAUGUUGUAUAAUUGUGAUUACAUGUUUUUAAGAUUUAUAAAGAAGAAUACAGUAUAUUUUUCAUCUUUUUAUGCAGUUUUAGAAAUGUGUUAAUGAGGAAUACAAUAACAUUUGAAAUACCGGUAGACAACUUAUGGAAUGAUUCAAUGGACAUGUAUUCAAAUGGAAGGUUUUGAUUUUAUGUAUGAAACUUUUUUUUUAUCAAGACACAAAAUAUAAUUCCAGUUCCAUUUAUUACCGUACUCUACAAUCAUUUAGACAUUCAUGGGGUAUACGUGUAUCAAUAUUGAUAUAUAGUUUUCUUCUUUUAUGAUAACAAAUGUUAAUUUUCAUGAAUAUAGAACUUUUUUAUAUUAAACAUAUAUUUUCAAGACACAAAAUGCUUUAUUUUUAAAAUGACUAAAUAUGAUUGAUCUAGUUUUAACCUUUUUUUAUAACUUUAUUUUUACCAGAAGUGUUGAACGGAAAAUAUUGUUUGUAAAGCCUGUUUGAUUGUACAUACCAGGCAUCCCUCAAGUAAACCUAUAGUAAAAAUAAUUUGUACUAUGUACAAGUACUGUGCUAUAUUUGUACUCUGUGACAGUUGCUAUGCCUGUGUUGCACUAAUCAUAAGGAUGGAAUUUUUUGAAUUUUAUUAUUAUUUUAAACUAUCUUCAAUGUAAUAACUGUUAUUCUAUUGUUCAAUAUUAAACAUAUGAUAAAACUC